CACUAUUAGAUUGCUAGUUCAUAGGAAUCUUCAUGGCUGUUUCACACGAGAGACGUGACUCAGAACCGUAUGCCGAUACCACUUCAUGGAUACGGUUCAUAGGAACCACAGUUCACAUUGUAAUCUAAUUUCUAUCUGCAGGUGUGGUUGUCCAGAUACGACCCAAAUAUCAGCUGAUGGACGGCAAUGUGUGAACCUCUGCGUUCUGGCUCAGUGCGAACAACGUUGUGAGAUUGUCAAUGUUACUGCAGAAUGCCACUGUUUCAGUGGUUACUCCUUGGAUCAAAACGGGAUCAACUGCACUGACAUUGACGAGUGUGUGACUAACGUUGCAAUCUGCGCGGACCACUCCCACUCACACUGCGAGAACACGAUAGGGAAUUAUACCUGUAAAUGUGACACUGGGUACACGGAAAACGGUACUGUCUCUGAUUGGACAUGUCACGAUAUUGACGAAUGUACAAAUGGAGUAGCUCUCUGUACGGACACGUGCACAAACACACCUGGAGGGUACACGUGCUCCUGCCCUCAGGGCUUCUAUCUCCGUAACAACCACACUUGUCAAGAUAUAGACGAGUGUGCGAGCAACACUACUUGUCCUCUUACUGCUAUUUGUACGAAUACUCCCGGAAGCUUCAACUGCUCCUGCCCGAGUGGUUUCGUGUACAACGUAGUGAACAACACGUGUGAUAAUAUAGACGAAUGCGUGACCCCCGGAGUUUGUGUCAAUGGCGAUUGUCAGGAUACACAAGGGAGUUUCCAGUGCAACUGUCAUUCUGGAUUCGGGUUUUUCAACAAAACUUUCUGCAAAGACAUAAACGAGUGCAACAUAAAGCCAGCCCUAUGCCCCAUGGGCUGUGUUAACACAAUCGGAGGGUACCAUUGCACGUGUUCGUUUGGCUGGCUGGCUAACAUGACAACACACACGUGCGAGAAACAACCCUGGAACACUUGUCAGCAGAUAUGUCAGUACGACCCCAACGACCAUAAUAAAUGCAUCUGUAAGUGCAGCAGAGGGUUCGAGGCUGACCCUUUGAACAGUAGACAAUGUAUUGAUAUUGACGAAUGUGUGACACAGCCGAACAUUUGUCCAAACGGGAGGAAAUGCAUCAACACAGUGGGAGGCUAUCACUGUGACUGUCUACCUGGUUAUAUAAACGAUUGGACUAACUCUGGAGCUUGCAUAGAUAAAAAUGAAUGUGAAGAGCCGCACAUUCUUGACCAGUGUCUCAAAAGGAAGAACAGAACUUGUAUCAACACCAUAGGAUCCUACAACUGCUCUUGCAAAGAAGGAUUCGAGGAGGUGAGCGGGGUUUGCGCUCAGAUAGACGAGUGUGAGACUGGUAGGGACGAAUGUGAGUACUACUGCGAGGAUAGUGAUGGCAGCUACAAGUGCAGCUGUCCUCCUAAUCAGAAGUUGGACAGUAAUCUUCACAACUGCUCUAUGAUCGAAUGCGGAGCUCCAAAAUUAAAUAACUGUAAUAGUUUAUCAGCUAAUUGUACGCAAGUUCAUCUCAACUGUACAGACGAUGAUUUCUACUUAAACAGUGCCUGUCAGCUGACUUGUGAUGAAGCUGGAGGAUAUUAUUUAGAUGGGCCUGGUCUGAUAACCUGCACACAUGCUGGUCAGUGGGACGAUGAGACCAGCCGAUGCUUCUGUUCCGAUGAGGAGAUUGUCACUCUGUCCAGAGAUUGGGUGAACGAGACAACAGGGACACCGGACAAUAUUGAUAUCAUCAUAGAAGUCCCAAAAUGCAAGCCCUUCCACAACCACACCAUCAAAUAUAUAGACGGGUUGCCUCCCGCGAUAAGGAUCCUUCAAAUGUCAGCUGACAGCAAGAAAUUACUUAUCAACAAAGACCUAAAUCAAAUGGUAAUCCCAAAUCUCUCGACCUCUAAUCCAGAGGACAAAUUUUCAUUUGAACUUGAGGUGACACACAGCUACGUGAACAGGACUGCUGUUCAGAAAGAGCAAGUGGUUUUGACUUUUGUCAAUGUGCCUCAGGCUCCUUCUAUACCGGAAGUAAAAACACCCUUCACCCUCUCGUCCAUGGAUAAUGAGACCGACAUCUCUCAAAGAAUCUACGAUUACAACGGUGACAAAGUCUCGUGUACCUUGGAUGAUUCUCUGAUUGAAGUGGACUUGAUCCCCACUCGUGGAUACAAAAACUCUCACUCUAUGUGGUUGAGAGUGAAGAACGGUACCUUUAAAGAUGUUAAGGAGAGGAAUAACGGGUCCUCCUCCUACAACUUUACAAAAGAGCUCUUCUGUGAGGAUGACUCACCGGAGAAUAUGAGAAGCAGUAAAAUGAUUUCCAUAUUUUUUACCAUCAACGACCCCCUUGUCGACAUCAGCUCGAUCCAAGUGCAACCAAGUAAAGCCAAGCUGGAUCAGAUACCAGCAGUAUUCGAAGUAAAGGCAUGGGGAAAAUACAUGGACAACUCAAAUGGAAAAUCAAAACGGAAGAAGUACGGAGUUGAAGGUGACGACACAUCAGAAGAUCCGGAGGUGGACGAUAUGGUGGAAUCUACUACAUUUGAGAUUGAGCUUGAAAAGAAUUACGAAUACAGCGCAUACUUUGAAGUAAAAGAAAGAACUCUGAAGUACAUCCAAAAGUUGGAAAAACCAGGGACAUACAAGUUACCCCUGCGUUUGACUGAUACUCAGGACCAAAGUGGAGAAGGGAAGAAGUUUUCUGUAAACAUAGAGAUUGAAGAAGUGAAGACUCAGCCUGAUGUAGGACAGAUUGUGACGAUUGUGGUAGUAGCUGUGGUCGUCAUCGUGUUCGGUAUGCUUCUCCUCAUUUACAACUUCUGCAGACGACCUGCCUUCGAUAAAAAGGAAUCUUUUAGACUCAACCCGGUCUACGGUCAGGAGUUACAAGACUACUACGUUGAUAUGGAAAAUCUGGAGAUAGAUUUUGAUCGGAAACUUGGUAGCGGACAUUUUGGAGUGGUUUACUUCGGACGAGCAACAUCUCCUAAGAUCUGCCAGAGAAAUUUAGGUGAAGAGAAGUGGGUGGAUGUGGCGGUUAAGGAAUUAAAAGAUACCGGUAAUAUGACGCAGAUGGAUGCUUUCCUAAAGGAGGUACAAGCCCUGACCAUGUUCAAACACCGUAAUAUUGUGUCCUUGCUCGGCAUAGGAAUAUGUGAUGGUCAACACAAGUACAUCUUGAUGGAGCACAUGAAUGAGGGUUCUUUGAAAGAUUUCCUGAAAUCAUUGAAAAAGAAAGAAAACAACAUAAUAGACCUGGAAGAGCAACACUUUAUAUACAUGGCUGCUCAGGUAGCUGAUGCUAUGUGUCACAUGGAGAAGAUAAACGCAGUUCACAGAGAUUUGGCUGCAAGAAACUGUCUCGUGAACAGCAAACUGAUGGUCAAGGUGGCAGACCUUGGCUCGGCAACAAAUCUCAGUACAGCAUCAGGGUCGCUCACUGAGUACUACAAAGUCGGAGGGAAGCCAAUACCCAUGAGGUGGUCCAGUCCAGAGGUAUUGAGUACCGGCAAACACGGGAUACCUUCAGACGUAUGGUCGUUCGGAAUUCUGUUUUGGGAAAUUCUAACACACUGCGAGAGACCUUACAGCCAUUACCAGGCUGAAACCGAGGUUUUAGAUGCCAUCAAAGGGGGAGAAGUCCUGUCAGUGCCUAAUUCGUGUGAUCCCAAGAUAAGCGAGUUGAUUUACUCCUGCUGGAGAUACGAGUCGGAGUUCAGACCUAAGUUUUCAGAUAUAUUUGAGAAACUGACAGCCAUUCUUACGAAAGUAUACGAAGUUGCUUAUUGUGAGCAAAAGGACCAACUUGAGGUGGACAUUGGAAUCUUAUAGUAUCUGAUUCAUGUUGCACUAGUUAUCAAGAGAUCAAUCUAAGACUUCAGAUUCGCCAAGAAGAGAACUGGGUUCUUUUUCAAUUGUCAUUCAUUAA